AUGCCCUUCGUCAUCGAAAUUCCUACCCGCCCCACUCGCAUUCGCCGCCACCGCCACUCUCCCUCGCCUGAGCCCGAGUCCAAGAUGGAGGGCCUGGGGGACGUCAAGAUGGUGGAGGACGGGAGUGUGAGCGAGUCGCCUCGUGACGAGCCGCCCAAGAGCCAGUCGCCGCCCAAGAGCCAGUCGCCGCCCAAGACCCAGUCGCCUCCCAAGGCCAAGUCCGCGGACUCUGAGCAGCUCGUCAAGUUCGAAUCUCCUGAUCCCCUCGCCCUCCGCGCGGAGUCCGAGUCGCCUGCUCCAAUCACCAUCCGCGAGAAGAUUGAGCCGCAGGUCAAGGCCGAGCCAGAGUCCAAGGCAAAUAACGACCUCGAGGAGGAUGACGAGUUCGGCCCUACGGCUGGGUCUGAGAGUAGGGACCAAGCCAAGCCUCCGGCGCUGGCCGAGAGCGACGGCGAGAGCGAGAGUAAGUGCGAGACGAAGGGCAAGAGCACGAGCAAGAUCAACAGCAAGACCAAGAGUAGUAUCUUCAGCAAGGGCAAGAGCAAGGGCAACGGUGAGGGCAAGAAGACCAAGGUCAAGGGCGAUAGUCCUCCCAAGAACGAGAAUGCGGUCCAGACCGGGAGCGAGAGCGACGGCGAGAUCGAGACCAAAGCCAAGAGCAAGAUUGAGGGCAAGACGCAGGUGAAAAGUGAAGACAGUGACGGGGAGGUCAAGGACGAGGUCAAGAGCGAGUCACAGUUGGAGCCCAGCACCAAGCGGUAUCUUGGCCUGGCCGAAUCGCCCAAAGUGAAGAAACGACCCCUCAACUCCCCCGCCAAGCCCAAGGGCGAGAAGAAGGCUCGCAUCUCGCCCCGUACGGAUUCCCCCACCUCCACAAAGGUAAAUAAGAAGCCAGCGCCCAAAGGCCGUUUAUCCGGGGACGAGCUUGUGCAGCUCUUCAAAGCCACCAUUGGCAAUGGACCCAAACGCGCAGUAUUCGACAACUUGAUCCCCGGUCGUACAGGCAAGCAGCUGCAUGACAAUUGGACCAAGACAAUCGAGCCGUAUAUCGUCAAGGCAUUGCUCGACAAGGGUGACAAGUAG